AUGCCAGGAGCAUCGUACUCAAGAACUGGAGCCGUUAUCCAUAACUGGAUUAAACAUAGACGUGGUAUGGAGAACUAUCUUACGGUUAUAAGGUGCUUCUUCACCCUGAGUAUUGUAAUAUGGGUUACAGUACUGGGCCGGUCGCUGCAGCGACACAGGUGCGGUGGUUCCCAUUUACCCAGGGGGUUCGUGUUAGCUAAUGGCCGUCUUGAUGUACGGGGUAAUCGGGAAAACACUAAUAUAUCAUCAUGUGGUGACCCGUCAUCUAGCUUUAGCAGGCCUUCUGUUGUAUUUGGGAGUUACAUGCCUGGUAUUAUGAACAUUGGUGGUCGCAGCUGGUCAUUGCAUAUGGGUAACACCGAAACUAUCAAACCACAUACCAACACAGUAGGAUCGGAAACGAGUGAAGAUGAGCAAUUAAAGGUGACCUCUCGGCUUGGUAUCUUGUUCGAACGUUGUAUGAGGACCUGUGAUAACAGUGAUUUUCAGUCCACUGUGAAAGCGGUUACUGAAUACAUGAAAGCUUAUGAAACGUUUUUUUCACGUUUUUUCGAGGAACCGGUAGAGUUACCGGUUAGUACCCUGGUGGAUGCAUCAGUACAGGGUAACGCAAGAUCCGUUGAUCCUGACAAUGACUUAGCGUCCGGAACUGAUGACCACCGUACAGAGGCGCAGACUAAGGACAAGAAACGGAACAAACACUCUGAGUCAGCUCUUAGCUACGAAUACACAGAGGACACAGGGUCUUCUUCGGAUGGUUGCCGACGGUGGCAUGUUGCGGCUAAGCCCAGGGUACCACGUGAAUUUUGCCGUUUGAUAGUGCACCACCGAAAGCGUUGUGUUGGCAUCAUGGGCCGUAUGAUGCGCAAAGUAUCGACAUUGGAUGACCUGCGUACUGUUACCAUCGUUUGUCGUGAUGCAUCACGUCUUGGCAUAGAUGUGUUAAAGGGUAUGUACGAGGCGAUGUCCAUGAUACACGCUAAAUUUGGUCGUACGGAUAAGGCGUUGGAGUACAUUGAGCGUAUGUGGAGUGCUGGUGAGCGCCGUCGUUACCGUAGUUACGAACCUUUGCUAACAUACUUUGAAGAACAUUGGGACGGUGAAGGUAUGCUGCGGGUCUUGCAUCACAUAGUGGAGAAGGCAAAAUUGCCUGUGAGUGGUCUUAUUUUCACCCGUGUUCUCGUGACCAUAUGCUUAUCGGUUAGAAACAAGCUGUUUUCCUUAGGCCAUGACGCUUCUGGGACAACUGCGGUAUCUGGUACCCAUCCCGAAGCGACUGUGUUGCAAGCAUCACCAACUAUAUGUGAUAUGUAUGCGACCUUGCGUCGUCAGCUAAGCGAUGCUUUGGAUAUCUACCAGAAGCAUUCGUGUAACCGUAUAUCGCUUUCAUCUAGGUUGGGUUACGCCAUAUUUUCGGUGUUUUCUAAAAGCUUCCCGAACGUUGUAAAAUUCACACACGUAUCUCCUGUUGAACCACCUAUUUCUUCGGAGACGAUCCCAGCCGGAUAUUCAGGAUAUCCGAACACAUAUGGUUCCUAUGGAAUGGAGCUACAGUCCGGUUCUUCCCCAAACCGCAUGUUACCUGCCUAUAACGAAACUCACGGCAGCUGUGCUUCAUGUGAGCACCAGGUGCCACUGCUUGACCUCUCUGAUGAUAAGCGUCUUUUUGUUUUCACCAAGUGGCUCCAGCAUAUCUAUGAUUAUAAUUAUCCCGAGAUAAUUCGUCUAGCUAACUUUUAUGCAUGGUUACACGCACCGUUACGCGAAGGCCAAGGUUAUACGUGUGUUUUAGAUGGUCAGAAUAUCGGUUACAAUAAGCGUGAAUCUAUGAGCCCUAUGAACUUGCGCAAGAUUGACGCAGUGUUGCAGGUGAUGUUACAACGUGGCGAGAGGCCGUUCAUUAUUUUACCUUAUUAUGCACGCACUAAGUUCAUAGCUGCUGCUGUUAACGACACUCUCGGUCCGGAUACUUUAGACUUGUUAUUUCCCGGUAACAGUCUAGGGGAGGCUAGUAUCACGCUUUCCAAUUCACCGCCCCCGAGGGCUAAGCGUCACAGUGCCGAUGAAGCUGCUUUGAUAGACCACUGGUACAGUUCCCGUCAAGCUUACUUCUGUGAAUCGCGAAGUUACGACGACAACUACUUCUUUUUGGCUAAUGUGAUGACUGGUCGUGCGGAGGAGCUUGAAGUUUUGGCCCGUUUUGUGAAAUCAAGCUUGGAACUUUCAUUAUCACAAAAGACCGGCACUUAUGAAGGAACCGUGGCUGCUAACCUGCCAAAACCUAAGGUGGAGGAUUACCUUCCUACCCUGGGCCGACCACCUCAUCGCCCUGUGAUGAUGACGGUGACUAACGAUACAUUGACUAAUCUCGACAUUCCUGGUGUCGAUGAGGAUUCUUUACGCAUUCUACGGGAUAUUCCUCUGACCCCUUACUUUUUUACCAGUGACCCAGGAUUGUGUUCGAAACAGCAUGUGUCUAAAGGUGUAGGGAGUUAUCGGGUGGUGGUAGGAGAGCGUCUGCGAUACUCGCUUGAGAUGAACUCAUCCGGUUGCGGUAAAUAUCACAUCCCACUGGGAUACGAGCGUAAGGUCAUAGACUACAGGGCUCGUCACACUGUAUGGGUAACUGGUGAUGAACAGCCCCGUAUAGAACCCCCGUUGUCUGGUGCCUACCUCGAUUCCUCAGGGCAUCCUGGUGAAACUAGCGACCCUAACAACGAUCAGGAGCUUAAACAGGUGAAUACAUGGUUGGAGAAUCACGGUUAUAGUGAGCUGUUAUAUGGUUUGGGUGAAGUACCUUCCAAUCGGGGUUCUCCGCGUAGAUAUUCACGCCGUUACGCCAUAUCUACCAAAGCACCUGAAAUCAUCAAGCAAAAAUUCAACCCUUCACAAGAAACCCGUUGGUUGUGUAUUGAUCUUACAGCGCUAGAUCGUAUCCAACCGGUGCUAAUGAUGUCAUUCUUUGAGAAGGUCGCAGCUCGUGCCCAGGAGGUGGGAGCCCCUCUUUGUUUGGGUUUAGACCCCCGAAACGAGACUAUCGAACGUUUCUCGCACACUGGUUUGUAUACUUUGCUGUACGACCGCUAUGUUAGCGGUUGUACCAUGGAAGGAUUCCGUAGUCGUGAAAUAGGUUCAUUAUAUGUAAAACUGAAGUUGUAUUGCUGUUUCAUUUUGGAAUCUACGGCGCAAUACGUCUGUUGCGUAAAGCCUAAUUUGGCGUUUUUCCUAGCGCAUGGAGCUGAGGGUAUUCAGGUACUUAUGGACAUCUGCGAGGUGAUUCGUGGGAUGAACCUUCCUCUGUUACUGGACGCUAAAUUAGGCGACAUAGGCUCCACAAUGGAGUAUUACAAGAAGUUCAUCUUCGAGAUAUUGAAGGCCGACAGCUGCACCGUAAACACACUACUCGGUACCGACGUACUCUCAGUAAUGGCCACCGAUCGACAGGGCCAGUAUGUCCAUGACCUUUUCGUCUUGGCGAAGUGUUCGAAUCCAUCAUCUGAGCAAAUACAAGGUGCCACUUUGAGCGACCUUACCCCAGUGUACUUGGAGAUCAUCAAGACAUGUGAAUCGUUUUACAAAAGCAGCAAUGUCACAACUGCAAAAGUAGGCUACGUAGUAGGUGCGACCUGUGUCGAUGUUCUGGCGGCAGUGCGUCAAGCCCACCCGGACUGCGUCAUUUUGAUGCCGGGAGUAGGAGCACAGGGCGGAGAUUUAGGUGCUGCUAUGAAAGCUGCACUUAGCAAGGAGGGCACAGGUGUUAUCGUACCCAUAUCACGUGCCAUCAUUGAUGCGCCAAACCCCGCACAGGCAGCCUUGCACUGGAAAGAUCAGAUUAAGGCAUGCCUACCACAGGCGUAA